UCGACGAUUCAGUCCGCCGCGGCCUGAAGAAUCGUUACCAGCCGGUGGAACUUUUUCGCCCGGACACAGGAAGAAACCUCAUACGAUAGAGACCUUCCGCUUUGCACCUUCCUUCGUGCUUGUGAAAGCUUUAGCGGUGUUCCAAGUGCAGCUCAACGAAAAGAUGCCCUCAACAGAGAAGCGGCCAACUUGCCGCCCAACAGCAGCUCGCCAACCACGCCGAUACCUUUCCUGGUUCAGUCUCCUUAUCGUAGCAGCAGUGCUCACCCCAGUCACCGCAUUCUACUUACCGGGUGUCGCGCCGAAAGACUACCGCGAGGGCGAUGUAGUUGCGCUCGAUGUCAACGUCUUGACCUCGAAAGUGAAUCUGGAACCGUACGACUACUAUUAUGAGCAGUUCCAUCACCCUCGUCCGCCGCAUAUCGAGGACAAGCGGGAGAGCUUGGGAAGCAUCUUGUUUGGAGAUCGGAUGCACAACUCGCUAUUUCAGCUCAAGAUGUUGAAGAGUGAUACGAGUUGCAAGCAGCUUGGAUCGGCUGUGGACAUCGACGCGCUUGAUGCUCAGUUCAUCAAUGCCCGCAUAAAAGAACAGUAUCAGCAUAGCUGGUUCGUUGAUGGAUUACCUGCAGCAGAGAAGUGGACGCGGGAGCGGGACGAGGCUACGCCAGCGAGAAGAGGAAGUGUGGACGACGGCGACUUUCUGUACAAGAUUGGAUUUGCGAUGGGAUUAUAUGACACUGAGGAGACCGAGCCAAUACCGUACCUCAACAACCACUACGACAUUGAGAUUCAAUAUCAUCAAUCGACGACCAGCACCACCAAAGAAAAGCUCUAUCGCGUCGUCGGCGUCAUCGUGUCUCCUCGCAGCGUCCUUACCAAGCCAGAAGAACCAGAGGCGUGCCGCAACCCCGAUGCCGCCCCGCUCGAACUCAGCACUCAGAACUCCAAUAAGGUCCAGUUCACAUAUUUCGUUCAAUGGGUCGAAUCUUCCACGUCCUGGGGAACGCGAUGGGAUCACUACUUGAAGACCCAGGAACCCCAGAUUCACUGGUUCAGCAUCAUCAACUCGGUCGUCAUUGUAUUGAUGCUGACCGGAAUGAUUGCUAUGAUCCUCUUGCGUGCGCUGCAUAAGGAUAUCGCCCGGUACAACACUUUUGGAGAUGAGGAUGGAGGCCAGGAGGACUUUGGGUGGAAACUUGUUCACGCUGAUGUGUUCCGACCCCCGUCCCAUCGGAUGUUGUUGUCGGUGUUGCUUGGGAAUGGUGCCCAGCUUGCUUGCAUGGCUGGCGUUACGCUUGUGUUCGCCGUCCUUGGGUUCCUGUCGAUGUCGUCCCGCGGAUCCCUCAGCACCGUCGCGCUCAUCUUUUACAUAUGCUUUGCGUCCGUCGCUGGAUACGUAUCGGCGCGUACGUACAAGAUGCUGCAAGGAGAGAUGUGGAAGCGCAACGUAUUCCUGACCGGUACUAUGGUCCCUGGUCUGGUCUUCGGCAUCCUGGUAUUCCUCAACUUUUUCCUGAUCGGCGCACAUUCCUCCGCCGCCGUCCCGUUCUCCACCAUGCUGGCCAUCAUUGCCCUCUGGUUCCUGGUUUCCCUGCCCGCCUGUAUGUUUGGAGCCUACUUUGGCUUCAAGGCCCCCGCGAUCCAGAACCCGGUCAAGACCAACCAGAUUCCGAGGCAGAUUCCUCCUCAGCCCCUAUACCUGAAUAAAUGGAUCGCAGCCCUCAUCGGCGGCAUCCUCCCCUUCGGCGCCAUCUUCAUCGAACUGUGGUUCAUCAUGAACUCCAUCUGGGAGGGCAGCGUCUACUACGUAUUUGGGUUCCUCUUCCUCGUGUUUGUCAUCUUGGUCGUCACGUGUUCUGAGGUUGCCAUUCUGAUGUGCUACUUCCAUUUGUGCUCUGAGGACUACUACUGGCCAUGGCGCGCAUUCCUCACCUCCGGCGCGAGCGGGUUCUACGUUUUCAUGUACAGCAUCGUGUACUACUUCCGAAAACUAGAACUGGACAACUUCUCGUCCAAGAUCCUCUACUUCGGAUGGUCUCUCGUCCUCUCGUCCCUUUUCUUCAUCCUCACGGGCGCGGUCGGAUUCUUUGCGACGUUGGUGUUUGUGAGGAAGAUUUUCGCGGGGAUCAAGGUUGAUUAGACAACCCGGAACAAUCUUAGCGCUCUUGGGAUCGCGUGUGGAAUGUGUUUUUUGGAAUGGGCCCCACACUUUGCUCCUUGGACUUGGUGGUGGUUGUUUCUAUGUUUCGAUGUCCUUUUGUUUAAUUGGAUUCCGUACGUGUUGAUGUGUAUUGCUUUUCGCAACUUUUUUAUACGUAUAUUUGUGGAUGGUCCGAAUUCUAUGAACGAUCGACCGUGCUUGCUAUGGUGCCCCG